UGAUCGGAAAUAAAGACCGUAGCAGGUCAAAUUUUACAAUAUAAAUCUGUAUAUUAUGAUCAACCCCGAACGUCCUAGAAAAUUGUAUAAGAAUACAUAUAGGCUAAAUGAAGAUUUCAAAUAGGUAUUCAGACUUUGAGAUCCCAUAUCCAUUACUACUUGCCUAAGUAGACCAUGAAGUCUAGUCCGGAUACACUAUUUUCCUAUUCCAGUCCAUGAAAGAAUUUCUUUUUAAAAAGUUUUGUGGGAUGAAUCCUCGUUUAAAUCCCCUAUUUUAUAGGCCUUCCAGAAACGCCAAACUAAUCCCGGGCCAAAAAACCCUCCCCUCCCACCACGCCCUUUUAUUCUCUUUUUUAUUUUGCCACUUUCCUCUAUAAGGAAAUAGCGCCGCUUUUCACUUUUAUGUUUUUUUUCCUUCCACGCCCAUUUCAACCUCAAAAAUAUUACUUCCUUGUUUGUGCUUUUGCCACGUCAGUUUGCGUGUUUUGCACUUUACAUACAAGUCUCGAAUCGUAGAAAAGCAAAAUAAAAUAAGAAUACAAUAAAAAUACACG